ACAAAAAUCAAUGAAAAAGCAUAAAAAAUUAUGUUUUGACCUUGUUAUGUACAUUCGUUUUUUUCACGAGGACUUUUCACAUAUUUCAUCCCAUUGGAACGUGUUGAAUUCUUGUUGGAAAACUCUAAAUAAGUACCUCCCUGAAACUUAUUUGAGUGCAGGAAAAUGUCUCUACCUGUAUUGCGGGAUUCUUCCUUGCCAGGAGCUUUAGAUGACCUCAUGGAUGUGAUGGCAAUGGAUAUUUUGAUUGAUGAAAGCAGUUCAGGGGAUGUGCUGGAUGAAUUUUCCAUUGAGGACAUAAAUUUUUCCUCAGAGAAUUUCGAUUUCCUGGACAACUUCCAAGAGCCACAUUUUGAGACUCCCGGACAUGCUGAAAAUGUAACGGAAGUCCCACAACCAUCACCAAUUUCUCCUACAGGAGAAGAAGAGAGCAGUCCAGUUUAUGUGAAUGUCCCUGUAAAGGAUGCGGUGGAUGAGUCAAAGAGUGAGGAUGUUGAGAAUCAGGAAGCAGUGAAGAGUGUACUUGAGCUUCCCAGGCUGAUAAUUAUGAAGCCACCACUGAGAACGGUGACGAAGAAGCCUUCAAAGAAGAAAACGGAGGAGAUGCUCCUUCUUGAGGAGCUGGAAAAGCUCUCCCAGGCUGAGAUUGUUAUACCGCUUAUUCCGGAAAAGAAAACCCACAUCAGGGAGCGGAAGCCGAAUUUAGUGAGUGUCCGGAAGCCAUCAACGGAUUGUGCAACGCCCAAGAAGAAAGUUCACAUUUCCAAAGCCAAGAAGCAGCUCUUUCCUGCAGAUAACAAUGAUCCGCCUGAGCAUGAGCAAGAGAUAACUUCGCCAAAACUUUCAGCACCAAAAGAGGACCAGGAAGAUCCUCCGGGGAUUCAUGAAACUGUCGUGGAAACACGGCGAAGUCUUCGCAUAAAUGCUUCGCGCAGGAACAAGAUCAACAAGGAAGUUUACUUCUCAUGCGACGCGUGCCGGAAAAUCUUCAAGGACCGGAAGAUGCUCCUCCAUCACCGCAAAACCCAUACAAAGGUAUCACAGUGAAUGGGAGAACCAACAAUUAUGCUCUCCACGAGUACUUUGCAUUCCCAUUGCGUCCAAGAACUUUAUCUUCAUACAUAAAUCAAUUCUUCAUCAACUUUAAACGUCUGUGGCGCGUUGAGAAAAAAAACUCCUAAAUUCGAUUUUAUUGCUCUUUGAUUUAUGAUUUUUUUAUUUCAUUCUAUGCUUCCUCUCUGUGAAAAUUUAAUGUUUUAAAUUUAAUUGUGUUUAAGUUAUUUUCAUUAUUGUGUGCACAAUUUGCCUUGAUUUAGCACGAAUAUUAUGUCUGUGAAAUGAGUUAAAAUCUUUCUUAAAAAAAAAUCUUAAAUUAAGUUGAUCUCUAAAAACAUUUUCUUUAAGGUUCGUUAUGUAAGUUUUUGUUUCAGAGUCCCUUUAAACUUGUUAAGG